UCGUACCAAAACCUGAAACUGGAGAUCAGUGGCAUGAUGAUAACAUCUGCGGCUUCCCUGCCAUCAUUCCUCAUCCACCCCGAAAAGAAAAGAGAAGAAGAAGGAGAAGAAGAAGAAGAAGAAGGAUAAGAAGAAAGCUGCAAAGCAACCCCUCCCCCUCCCCCCACCCCACUCCACCACUGCAUACGGAUGCUCCGCCGCUCCACUUUGGCCGAAGCUUCCUGCGGCACAUGCAUCACACCCAGAUCAGAUCAUCAUCACCCAUUUCCAAGAACAACUCCCGCUUCCCCACCCUCCCUUUCUUUCCGUCUUCUUUUGCUCACACCACCUUUAGCGCACGCGACGAGAAGGCCGAUCGACCUCCCUGCCCUGCCCUCUCUCCAUAAUCUAUGUUUUCGCUCAUCAGGCUCAGGUACGAGCCAGAAGAUUUAGUAUUCGAACGCCGCUUUGUCAUCUCCUCCCCGUACAGAUUCGUUUAGAUACGUGUAGAUGGAGCUUAAAUCCUAACAUGAUUUCUGAGAUCCUGUCGUUCUUGUUAUCGUUACCUUCUCCUACGGGUGGAUGAUGUUGGCGUAUAGAAGCUUCUCUGAGAGCGUUCUGCCAUGUGCUCAGUAGACCUCCGGCUCAAGUCAAAGAAAGGCUCCAAUUUUUUGGUCCUCCGUGGAAACUGCGACGCGACCGCUACUAUUACCGCUGUUGCUUGCGGCACAAACGCAGGCGACUCCCCCUUCGCGUGACCUUCUCCGAGCCAACCCCCUUAAAAGCCUUGGAGAAACACCUCACACAAGUCACACAGGCAGGCUGCAUGGAGCUCCUCAGACUGUUCACACAUGGUAAGCCCGGCGGCGGAGGCGCCGUCACUACGAUCACCACCAACGUCCGCGAUCAAGACUUCAACGACGGCGUCCCCGGCGGCAGUGAUGACGAUGGGCCCUUCUUCGACAUUGAGUUCGCCGUGCCACUGCGGGGGGACGAGGUCCUCAGGCGGGAGAAGCGGCGGUUUUCCUCCAACGCGGGCAAGGCGGCGGAGGAGGGGUUGGGCCUCACAGCGUCCCCGGACGGCGGCAGCCUCCGGCGCGACCCUGUCCCCUCAAUCUUAACUUCCGACGGCCUUUUCUUUGAGCUGGUCCCGCUCGGGCCUUCUUCGUUGAGGGACUUCGAUGCCUCCGUGCUGCCCAAGUCGUCCAAGCCUCAAGCCCCUGCCUUCCUCCUCAAAUCUGCUGCCAGGUUCCGCGUCUUUAAGCUGGGCUUUCACAGGAGGUCGAAGUCGACGUCGUCGGAGCUCAACCCCGGCGCCUCACCCGCUACGUCGUCAGCGUCCCCAAAGCAGCAGCACCAAAACAAGUUCUUUGUCAAGUUCAAGGUGGAGGAGGUGUCGCUGGCGUCGCUCUUCACCAGGAACAACAGCUGGAGGAACUCCAGCAGCAGCAGAUCUGUGCGGCAUUACGCCGACGACGAUUUGCCGGCGUCGGACGAGAGGAAGCUCCCCAGAGACGUGCUCCGCAGGUGUCUUAGCAAAAUUAAGCCGCUUUACAUCAGGAUCUCGAGGCGGUACGGCGAGAAGCUCCGGUUCUCCGGGCCGCGGAGCUCCGGCGGGGCCGGGAAGGUUCGGCCGGCCUGGGAGGGCGGAGAGGCGGGUGGGGGAGGUGACCAGCUGAAAGAGCCGGCUUCAGCCGCGACAAGCUUCAAGGGAUCCCUAAAGUCGCAAGACGUGAACCUCCCGGCGGGGAGGAAGGUGGCGUACCGGAGCCUAAGAAAGAGCCGGUCGGCAUCGGCGGCCGUCGCAUCGGUCCGAUCGCCAACACUGGCGCCCGAGAGGCGGGAUGACUCGCUCCUGGAACAGCAAGACGGGAUUCAGAGCGCCAUCGCCCACUGCAAGCGAUCCUUCAACAGAGAUUCGGAGUCGCCGCUGACGCGAUCAAGGAGCGAUCCCGGAGAGGGGAGAUCGGCGGAAGCAAUCGUCAGCAAAGUUUGAUCAUUUCUGUUUGGAUUCUUAUCAGAACUGAUGUCGAAAUCAAAAUGCAUAGAGAAGGAUCGAACAGUGAUGUUCGAUUGGCAGAGCUCUUUCGGAUCUGUCUGUGUUGGGAGAGGGAGCUGAAAGAACUCUUUUAGCUUUUGUGAGUUUGUCGUGUCUCUGUUGCUUCAUUUGUAGAUACUGUUCGACGAAAUGCGUCAUGUAAUAUUACUUGUAAUUGAAUCCACUGGAAGAUUUCUUAAAGAAACAUCAAGGAGGAGGAGGAGGAGGGGAGUGCUGCGGAGUCACGUCGCAGAAUGAUGGCGAGGAGGAAGAAGACAGAGAAGGUUGAGAAGAGAAAGAGUUGGAUGAUUGCAGGGUGUUGGAAAUGGUGCCUUCUUUUUGUUAUUUUAUGUAAUGCUGCAGCUUUCUUUUUCUUA